AUGUCAUCGUUCUUGCAACGGCGACACAGCACCACCAGCAACGCGCAGCAGUCCUUUUCCUCGGCGGCUGAGACCCUCAUGUCACACGAAAACAUCCACCCCUUCGACGGCCUAAUCAUCCAAGCGCUGCCGGCGGACUGGGGGUUGAAUUUCGUGCGCCAGCUCUGGGCUCCGUACACCAACAGCCCUGGCGCCACCGGCACGGAGAAAGCCCCCGUGACGACGAGGAAGCACUCCAUCCUCUCCCUCGGCGGCAGCGCCAAAAGCGAGGACGAGCGCAUCGCCCGCGAGCGCUUCUUCGAGUACUACCUGGACCAGUGCGAGUACUCGCUGCGCGACGGCGGCAAGUACGUCUCCGUCCGCACGCACCGCGACAUCCUCGAGCUCGCCUCCCUGAUCAAGGACCCCAGGAACACCCGCAAAGAUGUGGCGCGCAAGUUACGCUCGCCGUUCGAUGACGAUGACAUCAGCGAAACCUCGUCGUGCAUCGCGCCCGACAUGCCGGUGCCGACGAAGGAGCAGUAUAACCCUCCUAGUGUCACCGAGGAGAGUAUCCAGGGCUCCAUCGACCUUGUCGCCCGGCUGCUCACCAUGAUCAACUUUGGCAAGCGCGAUGUUGGCCUCGGCCCUCGCGGCCGAUUGAUGUGGAUGCACGGCUCACUGAGCUUCUCGUGCAAGCAGUAUUUUGACAAGAAACCCACCCUAUCCAUGAAAGCGGUGCAGCUCGAAAAGGUCUUCAACGCUCGCAACCUGCAGCGAUUCACUGGCAUGGAGAUCGAGUGGACUGACAACCUUGCCGAUCAUCUGCGCAUGUGCGAAUUCGAUAAGAAGAUCCGGAUCUUCCAUCAUGUAACUUUCCUGGAAAAUCACAAAUGUGGCAUGCUGCCUCCUGAGCUCAUAAACGAGACUUUGAAGACGAUUGACCUGCUCUUCCCAUCAUCUGAUCCCAAGGUACGGCUCUGGUACGAAAAACAUCGACGUGAGCACGGCCUCGAUCCAUCGGCUGCGAAGCACGGAUCUCUGAGGGCCGAAGACCGAAUAAUAGACAACUUCUACUACUGGAAAGACCGAAUAUGCAUCUUGAAGCAGGAGUUCGACGAGGGAACCCCAAAGACAUUUCGGCAGUGGUGGUGUGAUAGAAGAAGCGGUCCGCAGUGGUACACGUUCUGGAUCGCUAUCGUGGUGCUGGUUCUCACGGUCUUUUUUGGUCUCAUUCAAUCCUUAGAAGGAGCCAUGCAGGUCUAUAAAGCAUUUCAGCCAGACGAUUCGUAA